GCGCCCACCCCGCGCGGCGGCCCCGCGGCCCGGGCCGCGCGAGUAGGUCGCCAUGCGCGAUGCGGUAUGAGGCAGCGCCGCGCCCGGCGGGCCGGCCCCCGCUAGCGGCGCCGCCCCCGCCAUGCGAGCGCCGCCGCUGCUGCUGCUGCUGCUGAUGGCGGCCGCGGGCCUGGCCGUGAGUCCGCUCGCGCGCCUCAACCCCUGGCUGAGCGCGUGCGAUCUGGAGGAGGAGGGCGCGAGCGCCGAGUGCGGCGACGGGCACGCGGCGUGCGGCGGCGGCGGCGCCGAGACGCUGGCGGGGCGCGACGUGCAGCCGCUGUGCGCGCUGGGGGCCGGAGCGAGAGCGCGCCGCCUGGCCGAGCUGCGGCUGCGCGCCUGCUGCGAGCGCUCGCCCGCCUCCGCGCUCGACCGCAGCGCGCGCGCCGACGUGCUCGCCGGCGGGGAGCGCUGCGAGCGCACGCUGCGCGACCUCCUCGCCCUCGAUGCGAUGGUCGCGCGCGUGCACUGCGAUUUCGCCACCAUCCUCCAACGCUAUGACUGCGACCAGUCCUAUUCCGUACACACGUGUAAUGAGUGCCAGGAGACGUACCGACGGUGGGCGUGUAGCACAAUGGUGCCACUUUGGGUAGAAGAGGGUUCUGAGGACGGCGAAGAGGACGGGCGAUCGCGACGUGCGCCCGCUGAGCACGCGGCACGGUGGCGUGCACGUCAUCUUGAGCGCGUGGGUCACCUGGACCGGCGGCGCAGCGGUGGAGUUGUAGGCCGCUGGGUGCGGGCUGCCGCCGCGGGUCCUGGUCGGCCUAUCGUUCGUCUCAAGCCAUGCCUCUCCGUUUGCCAGCUCGUGGAGCAACACUGCCCCUAUUUCCUGCCUGCGGACCGAGCACCUGCAUAUCCCACCCAAUAUGCCGGCGAGCCUACAUUCCUAUGCCUUGACCCGCGCAUACCAGAAACAGGUGCACAGUCGAAUAAAUCCAAUUACGGAGCCGACGAGUGCUGUUACUGGUAUUGCGAGGGACGGCUCUGCUAUCGCUGCGAGGCGCGGCUGAGCGAGCCGCCUCGUCCCGAGGCGGAACGCUGCUCGCCCGUCGAGGAGCGCACAGCCACCUGCUCGGUGCCCUACCAGGCGCCCAACGCCGCUGCCACAGCACCGUCACGCCCCGUGCUCCUUUUAGCCUCUCUUGUCAUCACUAUCGCCACACUGAUUCGGACUCACUGGACACCAACCAUACCUCUAGUGAAUGUGCGCGAUGCGAGGUUAUAGUUUUACGUUAAUGUGCGUCGCACUCCCACGUCCCGCGAUCGCCGGACUAUGAUCGAAACUUCUAUUAGUGGCGUACUUAUGAUAAUAAAUUGCGAUGAUGGGUUCAACGACGCCUACGAGUCGCGGCGCCGGAACGCCGAGUCGCCGCCGCGAGCGCGAGGCGUUUCUGUCGUCUAUAUAGACUAUAAGUUCAUGUCUGUGUCCGUUUGUUUGAUACAUGUUUGCCACAGAAACACCAAAAUAAAGUUUUUUAAACGUUACUUAUGCGUCGUUUUCACGAAUAUAUAAAGCCGCCGUUCCGGCCAGUAUAAUAAUGUUUUUGACACGAAUUGUAAACAAUUAAAAAUAUUUGCGUUAAGUGAGAUGUAGAUUUUAAAUAGAACUACAGUUUGAUGUUCGUGUGAGUUAAAACCCAUAUUACAAUUAUUUCAUUUAUUUUUGCUAACAUAGUUUAUAUAAAAUCAGUGUGAAACUGCUUUGUAACUCGUGUCAUGUAUGAUUGCAAGUAC